AUGACGACUGCUGUGCCACUGAUCAAUAAUACUCAGCUCUCCAUAAAUGUGACCACAAAGUUUCAAGAACAAAGUCUCUAUCAAAGUUCUGGAGCAAUAGUGGCUGCCAUCGUAGUAGGAGUUAUUGUUAUUUUUACAGUGGUGCUGCUCAUAUUGAAAACAUAUAACAGACGCAUGAGAGUGAAGCGGGAGCUGGAACCCAAACCCAGCAAACCAGGGAUGCCACCGGCGUUAGGGCAGAACAGCAGCGGCACGGCUCAGAAUCCUGUAGUGACUUUCAUACCCGUGGAUAUCCACAUGCAGAGCAGGUAA